GUGAGUCGUCUGUGAUCCGUGAUAGGCGAGAGACCGGCUGCUGGACAAAGGUGACUUUCAAUCCGAUCUUGCGGCGGCAGCAUUGCUUUCAGUCGGGCGGUCUUGGAUUUGGCCUGGAAAACAGAGUACCAUCCUGACAUUUCACGCAUCCAUGAUAUGAGCGACGUGAGAGACAUUGCGAGCGAAGCAUAUACCUCUCGCAUGGAGCACGACUACAGCAUGGAGUACACUGACGGUAGACACCACAGUCAAACCCUGGCCUACUAUCCUUGGAUGGACCAUGGAUACGGCAUGAACCACUACUACGCUCAGAACACCUUGAAACGAACAUAUCCAUUCGGAGAAGAAGAGCAAGUGCCGCUGGAGGAAAGCCUGUUGGGUCUUAGCCCGGUACCGGCCAACGAACCAUUAUGCUUGCUUGGCUCGGUUGUCAACGUGAACGCGCAAUUGCGAAGGCAAACCUCGGGGCAUCUUGCACCUCAGACUAUUCUUGGAGGACUGGGACCCAAUGACCUGCUCACUGUUUCGUUAGUAGGCGAUUACUUCGAACUAUCGCAUGCCAACUACGCAUUUGCACGACUGGACAAAAGCUUCUGCGGUGAAGCCCGGCGUCUUGUUGAUCUCGGGGUCACUUUCCAGGCACGAGUAGACCUAGCCCAAUGGGAGACAAUACGGAAAGAGUGGGCAUGCUUCUCAGGCCAAGCUAUUAGCAAUACCUUUGCUGUAGAUGUGAGCGUAUACAGCCGCAGGAAUCACGCCGACAGAGUUGGUGAUAUCCUGCUGCGAUCCAAUCUUUUCCUACAGCAUCCUGCCCACCACUUUGAUAUCGAAUACUACUAUAAUCCUCAGAUCUUGGAGCUGGAGGGUUUCGAGGAGAAUCCUGACGACGUGGCAACUGAGCCGAUGGAGGACGAAGUAUCGACCGGGGUCGAAGACACUUAUAUUCGAAGCGAUGAGCAGCCAUCUGGAGCCUCCACUGACCACGUGGAGCUUAUAUUGGACUCUCUAUCGCAUAAAAAUAUUCUACACGAAAUUCGCACUGAUACCAACUUGAUCAAGAGCGAGCUCAUGAAACAUCAGAUGACGGCCCUGGAUUUCGUUGUCCAGCGAGAGAGUGACCGACCUCCGGAGCAAUUGACAUUCUGGCGUGGAAGACGAGUGGCUGGGGAGACAGAAUUUAUUCAUAUCUUAACCAGAAUGAAAGCUCCCAAACCGCACGAAGCCCGAGGUGGUAUUAUUGCGGAUGACAUGGGACUCGGUAAAUCCUUGACGAUACUGUCUGCUAUUGCUAGAUCCCUCGGUGAAGCAGCCGAGUUUGCUUCAUCCCACCAAGCGAGCUCAACAGAGCCACUUCACACCCAGAACCGAUCUCGGGCCACCUUGAUUAUGGUCCCAUCCACUGUCCUGAUUGACAAUUGGAUUGAUGAAAUCCGUAUGCACACUCAUCCGCAUAAAAUUUCGUUUCACAAGCAUCUUGGUGGGGACAGACAAUCUGAAGCGAAGCUUUUGGGAGAAAGAGACAUCGUCUUUACUACGUUUGCGACAGCCUGGAAAGAUUUCAAGAAGGGUUCAUCGCCUUUGGCGAGAGUUCAUUGGUUCCGCAUUGUUUUAGACGAAGCGCAUAAGAUUCGAAACCGCACAACCCAACAAUUCAAGGCAGUUCACGAGUUACGAGCACAACGUCGGUGGUGCCUCACUGGAACGCCAAUACAGAACCGUCUUGAAGACCUUGGCAGCCUGAUCGCAUUUCUCAGAGUACCCGACAUGGAAAACGCGCCGGUCUUCCGGAAGCAUAUCAUUGCCCCUACAUCGCUGGAACGAGGAAGCCAAUUUCAAAAUCUUCGGAUCCUUCUCAGGACCGUCUGUCUAAGGCGCACAAGGGAGGUCCUUGCUUUACCUGAGCCCAUAGUGCAACAGCGGCUCCUUGACUUUUCGACACAGGAGCGGUAUCGGUAUGAUGAGCUGUAUGAGCACUACAAGAAGUAUAUUCAGAUGGCAGUGAGUGGGGUUCGGGGGAAAGUCGUUUCCACGACACUUCAGUCGAUCCAUGAAUUGCGCCUGUUUUGUAACAAUGGUCCAAAAAAGAUGCAAAACGAAUUGCAAGCGUCAGAAGAGGAAGUUUUGUCGUAUUUGCAGCAGCUCGGACAGAAUGAGUGCUCCAAUUGCACUCAAUCCAUCAAUUGCAUUGACAAAUUUGGAGAGCAAGAGGGCGGUGUGCUUAUCUCGCCAUGCAAGCACCUUGUAUGCCGCAGUUGCUUGCCGCAGUGCUUGGAUAAACGGAAAAAUUGUCGACUUUGCGCAUCUGGCAAAAGCCCACUAGAAUUCGCGACCCACAUCGGAGCAGAUGCUCCCGUUCUGGCGGUGGAGGAGAUUCCGGACGAAUACCCCUCGAAAUUACUGGCUCUAUUAGAGGACAUACAAAAAGAACCCCUGCACAAAUGCAUCGUAUUUUCAUCUUGGAAGAAGACUCUCGAUCUUGCGUCUGGGCUACUCCAGCGAGCUGGACUAAAGCACAGCAUCAUUCACGGCAGCUUGAGCCUCAAACAGAGACUGAAGGUUCUGAAAGAGUACAAGUCCUUUUUCGGGCCCAACAUCUUAUUAAUGACACUGGGGACAGGGGCAGAAGGCUUGAACUUGACAAUCGCGUCACGCAUCUAUCUUCUUGAGCCUCAGUGGAAUCCAUUCACCGAAAUGCAAGCCAUGGCACGAGCGCAGCGCAUAGGACAGACGAAGCAAGUCGUCUGCAAGCGAUAUCUCAUGAAAGACUCAAUUGAGCAGAGUGAUGUUCUCAACCGGCAGAAUAUGAAAAGAGCACUUGCCGGUGGGGGAUUUCAAAAGAAUAAGAUGCACGACUCCUUGCAAUACUUCGGCGUACAUUCAGCGCACAUCCAAGGUUGUUGAUCUACGGGCUAGAUCACCACCGCGUUGCACGCCGCAGAUGUAUUUCUCGCUCACGGCAUGCGAUGAGCCAUGCGAAAAAAACCAGCGAAUUAAGA